AUGUCUGCAGGCGACAAUGAAUAUGAUGACCUUCUCAAUAAUUUAUCCAAUCCCAUGAAUUUUAUGCAGGGAGGAAACUUCGGAAUGGGUCUUCCAACCUCUUCUUCUGCAAGUACACCCAUGCCUUUUACUCCAACUCCACAAACACCAAUGGUUUCAACUCCAAUGAUUCAUACUCCUGUACAUACACCUCUGCAUACACCUCUUCCUACCAGUUCGUUUGUUCCUCCUUUUACGAUGGGAAUGAAUCCUCCACCAACAACACCUUAUACUGCUAAUUUACCUACAGUGGCUUCUACACCAUUGCCUUCUGGCGUUGUUGUUCCAACAACAACUCCCACAACAGCUAACGAGUAUGAACAUGGAAUUGUUCCAAUCAUACAAAAUGUUGUGUCAACUGUAAAUCUUGGUUGUGAAUUGAAAUUAAAGCAAAUCGCUCUUCACGCAAGAAAUGCAGAAUACAACCCAAAGCGUUUUGCUGCAGUUAUUAUGCGUAUCAGAGAUCCAAAGACUACUGCUCUCAUUUUCGCGAGCGGUAAGAUGGUCGUUACUGGUGCAAAAUCAGAGGAUGAGUCCAGAUUAGCAGCCAGAAAGUACGCUCGUAUUAUUCAAAAGUUAGGCUUCAACGCAAAAUUCACAGAAUUCAAAAUUCAAAACAUUGUUGGAAGUUGUGAUGUUGGUUUUCCAAUUCGCCUUGAGGGUCUGAAUUGUCAACACCACAACUAUGCCAGCUACGAACCAGAAAUUUUCCCUGGCCUCAUUUACAGAAUGGUUGAUCCAAAGGUUGUUCUUUUAAUUUUCGUGUCUGGUAAAAUUGUACUUACAGGAGCCAAGCACAGAGAAAUCAUUUAUCAAGCAUUUAACAAUAUUUAUCCUGUAUUGAAGGACUUUAAGAAGGAUGACAAUAUUCAGCCAAAGGCCACCUCCGACGAGCAAUAA